AUGCCCGUCGUCAAAGGUGGUGUGUGGACCAACAUCGAAGACGAAAUUCUCAAGGCCUCAGUAUCCAAAUAUGGGUUGAAUCAGUGGGCUCGUGUUUCAUCGUUACUUGCGCGAAAAACACCCAAGCAAUGCAAGGCAAGAUGGACAGAAUGGCUGGACCCAGGCAUUCGCAAGAUCGAGUGGUCCAAGGAAGAAGACGAGAAGUUGUUACACCUGGCCAAGUUGAUGCCCACGCAAUGGCGAACAAUUGCGCCCAUCGUUGGAAGGACGGCUACCCAGUGCCUGGAGCGCUAUCAGAAGCUGCUCGACGAAGCCGAAGCCCGUGAGAACGACGAGCUGGGACUUGGGGGUCCGGAGGGCGGAGAGACUGCUGCGCCGACAGGAGAUCAGGUCCGAAGAUUGCGCCCAGGCGAACUUGACCCAGAUCCGGAAUCGAAGCCUGCACGCCCUGAUACCAUCGAUCUCGACGAAGAUGAAAAAGAAAUGCUUAGCGAGGCUCGAGCGCGUUUGGCGAAUACGCAGGGGAAGAAGGCGAAACGGAAAGCCCGUGAACGACAACUCGAGGAAUCAAGGAGACUGGCAGUGCUGCAGAAGAGACGGGAACUUAAGAAUGCAGGCAUCAAUAUCAAGAUCACCACGCGCAAGAAGGGCGAGAUGGACUACAAUGCAGACAUCCCCUUUGAAAAGCAAGCCGCCGCCGGUUUCCACGACACACUAGAAGAACAGGCGAGGAAUGAUCGGGAGCGGGAAAUGUUCGAUCCCCGCAAGCAACAGCUGGCAAGAAAGCGACAAGGAGACGCCGAAGACAACGUCGAUUCGAAACGCCAGAAGCAAGACAAGAGCAAAGACUCGGCCGCCAUGGCCGCUGCCGCAAGAGCUGGACAAAUGCAGCGGUUGCGUGAGGCGGAGCAGCAGAGCAAGCGCCAUGCAUUGAAUCUACCUGCACCCCAAGUCAGCGAAGGCGAGCUGGAGGAGAUUGUGAAGAUGGGCAUGGCUGGCGACAGAGCAGCUAAAGCUGCUGGCCAGGAGGAUGGAGACGACCGUGGGCUGGUUUCACAGUAUUCGAACAUGGUCGGCGCUACACCUAUUCGAACCCCUCGGGCGCCUGCACAGGAAGAUCAUAUCGCGAAUGAGAUCAGGAACAUCCGCGCUCUAACCGAGACCCAAUCUUCGUUACUGGGCGGCCAAAACACUCCGCUACAUGAGGGUAGCAGCUCAACCGGCUUUGACGGAAUUGCUCCUCGCAGAAAUGAAAUGGUCACUCCUAACCCAAUGGCUACACCCUUCCGUCAGACCGGAGCUGGAAGUAAUCUCCCUGGCGCCACUCCAUUGCGCACGCCGCGUGACAGCUUAAUCAUCAAUGAACAAGGCGAACGCCAACUGGUACCACAGACUCCGCGGGAUAUGCGCCUCGCUGAAAAUGUGGCCCGGCACUCACUGAGAGCCAAGCUUGCCUCAUUACCUAAGCCGAAAGAGUCAGAAUGGGAACUUGAAGUCCUACCAUCUGAGCAAGAAGAGGCCGCAGCUGAACCGGCUCUCACACAGGAAGACCAAGAAGAAAUCGAUCGUCGGGAGCGUGAAGCACGAGAAGCGGCAGAAAAAGCGGAUUUCAGACGACAAACCCAGGUGUAUCAACGGGCACUACCCCGACCUGUCAGUAUCGACUACAACUCUCUGGCCUCGGACGCCACGUCUAUCACAGAUCCUAUUCGAGCAAUGAUCGCUCAAGAAGCAGCUCUGCUGAUGGCUCACGACGCUCGUAAUUUUCCACUACCCGGCUCCAAAAUGCUAGGGAAACCUCCCAGACUGAGCGCCUUCCCUGACGACCUCCUGGCCCAAGCCCGGCAACAACUAAAAGACGCAUGCAACGAAACCGAGCGACAAUCCUACGUCGAAUCCAUCAUUUCUCUCACAUCAUCCGAAACCGAGCCUAAUGCCCUUCCUCUCAAAUUUCGCCCCGGCACAACCCCUGAUGAAUACCUCUCUGCUUUUCGCACCGCUCAACAAACCCUCCUCUCGUCGGCGGCGGCGGGUCAAAAGCUCGAAGACAAGCUCAAGUUGCACCUGGGCGGCUAUCAAGCUCGACAAAAGACACUCAAGCAGAAGAUUGCGACCGUCUAUGCGCAGAUCGAGGAGCAGAGGGCACAGCUGGAUGGCUUCAGGACGCUGCAGAUCAGCGAAGAAGGUGCUUUGGCGAGAAGGCUCGAGAAGCUGAGGGAUGAGGUCAACUUUGUGAUGAGACGCGAGAGGGAGGCACAGGAGGAUUACCGUACCGUUCGGGACGAGGCGAGGGCAUUGGAAGAGAGCACCAAUGCGGUCAAUGGUGUCAACGGGCAUGCAUAA